AUUAAAUAAAAAAAAUGAAAAAAAGUAAUGUAACGCUCUCUGCAAUUCUUUUCUUGUCUCUUUCUCCUCCGCGCCGACGCCCAAGGAACUCAGAAAGAAAAGAGAAAAGGAUAAAUUAGAGAGAGAUCCAUAUCUGUAUACAUCGGUAGUAGCAGAAGUAGUAGUAGUAGACUAUUUCAGUAUACGGGUUCCAUUCUCUUUGGUAUUCCUUUGUGGGUUUUUGAAUCCGUUGAUUGGGUAGCCUUUAUUACCUUUUAGAUUUUUUUUUGUGGUAGUGAUGGACAGUGGUGAGAAAGUGGAAGCUGGGUCUUCUUCUUGGGUUGGUGACAAGCAAGAACAAGUCGGAGAAAUGUUGACUGAGAAGUCUGAGAGGGUUUGUGAUGAUGAAGUUGUUGAAGAGGAAGAUGAUGAACUAGAAGAUGAUGGGGUUGCUGGUUUUGUUCCUGGUCCCUUGGUUCCUCUCAAAGAACAGCUUGAGAAAGAUAAGGACGAUGAGAGCUUAAGGAGGUGGAAAGAGAAGCUUCUUGGCUGUCUCGAAGAAGACUUAAAUGGUCAAAUGGAGCCUGAAGUUACAUUCCACUCUAUAGGGAUCGUCUCUGAGAACUUGAGAGAGAGAAAUACCCCUUUGCCCUUGGAUACCAACCAAAGCAACCGUGUCCUAUUUACUCUCAGGGAGGGGUCCCAGUAUAGACUGAAGCUGACAUUCACUGUGCAGCACAACAUUGUCUCUGGCUUGGCCUACUCCAACACUGUCUGGAAAGGGGGCCUUCAAGUUGAUCAAAGCAAAGGCAUGUUGGGUACUUUUGCUCCACAGAAGGAACCCUAUGUACACAGCCUAGAUGAGGAGAUCACUCCCUCUGGUGUGCUUGCAAGGGGAAUUUACACAGCAAAACUGAAGUUUGAAGACGAUGAUAAAAGAUGUUAUUUGGAGCUCAGUUAUACAUUUGAAAUCAAGAAGCGUAGCUGAUGGAGUCUUGAGGGAGUCCAUUGUUUUUCAUGGUUUCAAUUUUCCACAACAGUGACUGCACAUUGUUCAUAUAAUUCCAGUUGCAAUAUGGCUCUUUGACAGUCUUUUACUACUCAAAAUAUACAGCGUUUAGAUUUUAGAGUUUAAUUCCAUUGCCAUUUUUGUGUUCUA